GAAAGAAGAAAUAUCUGAUGUACUGUGUUUUCCAGGGCAGCACAUGACACCAACACCUGCAGUCUUUUUACUGCACUGGGUAAACUCAAUCCUGACCUAUUGUAAGGUGGUGUAUGCUGGCAUCCCUAAGAUCUUGUUUGUUGCCACCCAUAAAGACAAGGUACCAGUGGAGGAUGUUGAAACCAGACGAGCACUAUUGUACAGUGAGGUAGAGGAAUUAUUUAAAGACCACGAGGGAAGAAAUCAUCUUGUCCUUGACAAACAAAUAUUUGUCAAUGCAACUGAUAAAGAUGAUCAAGAAAUUGAAGCCCUUAAGAAAGCCAUCACAGAGCUAACUUUCGAUCAUCCUUGUUGGGGAGAGGACAUGCCGAACGCUUGUGUUCCCCUUGAACUGGAGAUUGCUGAAAUGGUAGCUUCAGGAAAGCAAAUCUUGUCAUUGGUAGAACUUGAAGAAUUGAAUUCAAUCAGCAAGGUGUCCGUUCUCGAUUUAGAUCAACUUCAUGAUUUCUUACACUUCCAACAUUCCCUUGGCAAGAUCAUCUACUUCGAUACCCUUCAGCUCCGAGAUUAUGUUAUAAUUAACCCGCUUCUCAUGGUGGAGGUUAUGAGAUCAUUUGUGACAGACAUAGGAUUUUGGCCAAAGAAAAGAAGAAUGCAGGUAAUAUUCAGUAGAAUGUCAGAAAGUGGAAUCAUACACCGAGAAGACCUGUAUCAGAUUUGGGAACAAAAGGAUUUCCGUCCAAUUUUACCGUACAAAGAGUUUAUAUUCAACAUCCUCAUUCAUUUAGAUAUUCUGGCAGAGCAAAGAAGAUAUGACACAGGUACAGGAAGUCGGUUACCAGUAGAGAACUUCUUUGUUCCCUGUAUGGUCACAGAAAGAAAUAAAACCAGCUUCAUGGACAAAGAAUGUACACCAGAGAAAGCAAUAUGUCUAGCCUUUGUUUUUAAAGGAACUGUAAUACCACCAGCUUUGCCCAAUCGUUUGAUCAGUGCAUGUCUGAGCAUGUGGACUCUGAAGCAGUAUGAAGGGAGAAAGCUCCUCUUUUCAGGAUUUAUUGUAGUCUCAUUUGACAAGGCACAUGAUGUUGUAGUAUGUGUUGAAGGCAACAAGAUUCUUCUUUAUAUAGUCCAUAAAUCUUCGGCUGGACUUAUAGUACCAGAUGUGGCCACAGGAGUCAAGGAAUGUUUGGUUAUAACAAUGGAGAGAAUUUCAGAUUUCUAUCAGUCCACCAUCCAUGAAAAACACAUCCAACAAUUACCUUUCCAGAUUGAAUAUUCAUGUUCUCAGUUAAAAUGCUUCAUCAGUGAAGAGGAAGCUGUGCAAUCCAAUGAAUGGGUUUGUGACGAACAUAGUCAAACACACAGAUCAAGAAACUGGGAGAUUUGGAACCAAGAUAAGAAGAAUGAACAAUGUGAAAAGAAUUGUCCAGGUAAGAUAUCCCAUGUAUACAAAGUGAGAUUUUCAUACCAAUGUUUAUUUUCAGGGUUAAGUGAUGAUGCUUUAAACCAAAGACCAAGUGAUAUUGAAUUGUUGCGAUUUUCAAUCAAAUUUGAAUCAAGUCAAAUGUACGAAUUAGUUCAAUAUCUCGAAAUGUCACAGGAAUGGGGUGAUAUCACACUCAAUUAUCCAAAAGAUAUAAAGGUAGCAAAGUUCUUGGUUUUAUCAAAAUGGAAAGAGAUGAAAGAUAACAGCAAUUUCAAAGCCUUGGCAGAAGCUGUGAAGAACAUAGAUAUAUCAACACAUGUCUUGUGUCAAGUAAGAAGAGUCAGACUAGCAGAAACUGACAUUCCUUUGGAAUACCUAGAUUGUAUUCCGACAGAUGAGAUUUUGGAUGCAUUAGCACCACAAAUAGGUCAGGUAUUUUUUCAACUUGGUGCUGAAAUUGGGUUGUCAAUUGCAAACCUAGAAAAUAUACAGAGCAAUAAUUCCCAAGACUUAGCUGCUCAGAAUAAGGAAGUCUUGUUUCAAUGGAGAGAAGACAGAACAGUGAAACCUACAAUACGGGUACUGGUACAGGCUUUAGUAAACAUUGGUAGAGGAUCAUAUUGUUUACAGGAAGUUUUGAAAACUGUAGAUCUUAAUACCCUUAGAAACUCGGAUGAAGUGAGAGAAAAAGGUGCAAUUAUGAAAAAAAGGAAGAACAAGUCAGAACAGAAACCACAUAUUAAUGUUCCUGCUGAAAUAAAAUUGAUGGCUGACAAAAGAUCUGUUCCUUUGUAUCUCAAAUUACUAGAGUCAGGGUAUGAGAAUAAAAGAGACAUACGGUUAGUCAUAGUUGGCCAGAAAGGUGCUGGAAAGACCUCAUUAAUUAAAAGAUUACUUAACGAAGGGAAAGCACGUGCUGGAAUGACCUCGAUUUUGAAACGAUUCUUUGGUAGAAAUAAUGCAGAAAUAAAUAGCACAAAUGGAAUAGAAAUUCACACUAUAAAAUGCAAUCCAAAUUCCUGUGAUGGCAUAUGGAAUAAAUUAGAUGGCAACUAUGAAGAAAAUACACUGUAUACAAGAUUGUUGAAACCAUACGAAGAAAAACUAGCCAGUGAUGAAAAAGCAAAAAUUGAAGCAGCAGAUAACAAGAGCAUUACGGACACCACUACAACAAAUUAUGAUGAAUUAAAGGAAUCAAGAACAGUUUUUAAGCAGUCUGAAAAACUUAAACCUUCAGUAGACACUGAAUAUAAACAAAAAACAUUAGAAGACACUCCGGUUAAACAAUCAGAAGGAUCGCAUAAAACUGGUAAAGAAAACACUCUAAUAACAAAUUUGAACAGACGUGUUGAUGAAUCAAAUGAAUCAGAGACAAUAUCUCAAGAACCUGAAAAAAUAAAAUCUCCAGAAGACACUGAAGAUGAUCCACCUGCAGACACUGAAUCUCAUGCCAAACUUCCUGUUGCCAUUGAAUUUCAAGCUUCAAAUGUAGGAGCCAUUGUAUCUCAAUUACAAACUGAACCCCCUGAAGGGAUUGUUUCUCAAUGUAAACCUCAAGUAACCGAUAGUAAUCAUUAUCAGCAGCAAAACUUAUCAUUAGAAAAAGAAAAAGCAUAUAAGGAUAUCAAAACCAUGAUGGAAAAAUCUAAUUUUGAUUUACAUGACAAAGAUGAGUAUGCCACAUUCUUACUUUGGGAUUUUGCUGGAGAUGAAGAGUUCUACCAUACCCAUCAAACCUUUCUGUCUCCAGAUGCAAUUUAUCUUGUGGUCACAAAACUCGAUGAGGCUGAAAACAAAAAUGCACAAGAUAUGUUUCAAUUGUGGAUGAACUCUAUACAUUGCUACUGUACACUUGAAGAACAGAAACAUAAAGCUGAAAGAAGUAACACAGAAAUGGAGGAAAAUACUGAGCCAGGAAACACUAAUAUUCUUGGACCACCAGUGAUUCUUAUUGGUUCACAUAAAGACAAAGUUCAAUGUUCAAAGGAAGGAAAGAUUGAGAAUGCAUGUAAGGAUCACCUUGAUAGAUUUGUCGACGACAUUUCAGAUGAUGCAUGUGGACAUAUAAGGAAAGAAUACUUCAUUUCAAAUACUGAGGAUGAUGAUAAAGUGUUUAGGCAGAUGCGACAAGAUAUCAUCAACUUAGCAAAAACAAUGUCGAUUUGGAAUAAACGCUAUCCAUUAAAAUUUAUUCAGAUGGAAAAGUGUCUUCAAGAGAAAAAGAAGGAGUUGCAAAUUCCUAUUAUGGCUCUUCGUGAAAUUCAACACAUCUCUACUAAAAUGCCAAAGCCAUUAAAUGAAGAUGAACUCAGAUUGUUUCUGGAAUUUCACCAUGAGAUCAGAGCAUUGGUUUAUUUUAAGGAUCUUCCUGAUUUUAUCAUUUUAGAUACACAGUGGUUGUCUGAUGCUUUUAAAUGUAUAGUCACAGCAGAGAAAUUUCAGUUAGAUGUAAGCAGACAUAGAAUGAAGGGAAAAUUGAAGGAUUUAAAUGUCAGAGGAAUAUUACAUAGCGAUGUUUUAGAAGGUAUCUUUAAAGAUGAAAACAACAUUUUGUAUAAACAAGAUCAACAUAAAGAUGAUAUCCUGAAUAUUAUGGAGAAAUUCGAUAUUAUCAUACCCCCACCUAGAGAGAGUCUUGAUGAAAAGGAUUGCUACUAUGUACCUUGCAUGGUCAAAUCAAAACCAGAAAAGGACAUAUAUGAGAUGUUCAAUGUGACCAACGAUAACUGUAAGAAAUCCACCUGGUUAUGUUUCAAGUUUAUGUUUCUCCCACCACAUCUUAUUAAUCACUUGAUUGCUUCACUGAGCCGGAUGUUUAAAAUUGCAGAGUUCGAUGCCACUGAACAAAAGAAAGGUCAAAUUGCUCUUUUCAGAGGUACUGUUGUCUUUGAAUUGCACAAGAGUACAAAACUGAGAAAACUUAUUUUAAUGACAUGUCCCAAUUUUAUUCAGAUUCAGAUUUUGGAAUUCAAAAAAGAAAUUAAAAGAGGUAUGUACAAAGACAUUGCUGCCUUCGUGACAGAGGAAAUAGUCAAGAUAAUAAGUAGAAGAUUCAAGAUGUCAAAUGUAAAAUUUGAGAAAAAGUGGAAAUGUGGUCUUAAAAAACCAGAGUCUGUUACAGGGUUGAAUGAUUUUAGUGAAAAACAAAUUAUAAAAUAUCAUUGUGAGAAAUGUCAAGCAACCCACAAGUUCACUGAUGAAUGGUCAGAUCUACAAAAUGAAUCGCUAUGUAUCACCAAGGAAGAGUUUAAUUUUACAAAAAUGGGAAUGAUUGUGCUUAAUAUUCUUGCUGAUGUUUUAUAUGAUUUACUCAAACAGUAUAGACCAAACCUGCCUCCGAGGAGUGACUGUGAUAUAACAUACUUGUACAGUGAGCACAGGAAACUUAAUAAACAUAUUCCUAGUAAUUCAAGCCAUCGGAGAUGUCCUCCCGGACCAUGGGGAGGGACUUGGCUAGAUAUUCAGAAUACAGAUAUAGCUAUUGGAGAUGAUAUUGAGCGCAUACGACUUACAAGAAAUGAACUGCAACACUCUAAAACAUUUAAUCUCGAUGAUAAUCGUUUUAGUGAUUUAUGCAAUAUCAUUGGUCAUCUUUUGAAACGUUUUGAUAAAAAUAUCAAACCAGUAAGUCGAUAUACAGAUCGACUAAAUGAAACAUUAGCUAAAACUUGCUCUGAGGAGGAAGUUAUAUCAUUUGAAAACGACUUGUUGACAUGGAACUGAGAUAUGAUUUGCAUUCAAGGCAAUAAUACAGAAAAUGGUAGAAAAAUUUACCGAUGGCAUUCCAGC